AUCACCGGAUUGUGUUGUAACCAGCUGUUAUUUUCUUCAAUCUAUCUCGUGCCACAGCAGGAUGAAAACAACACACUAACGCAUACAACGAGCGCCUUUUUGGUUGUCCUUCGCUAAAGUACUGUUCUGCAGGUAACGUCGUAUUUUCAACUUUUCGCUUUUAUGUUCACUUUCGCCAAACUUUUUGGAGCCGCUGUUAACUUUCGGCGAACUCUUGGCAAGAUGCCCGUUGAUAUUAAGAUGACUGCGUGACUUUUUCAAUGGCAGAAGGCGGCGGCGACGAUUGUUUCGAACGUUUGCUUGGCCGUGUGCUUAUUGUUUCUUCGGCUAUCACUGGAGCUGCGGUCCGACCGGCGCAGGGGGAGCAGGCGGAGGUUGUCCAGAACGCCAAGUAGAAUACUUAGAGUGGAACGGCAAGUUGAUUUAUAACCCCUCGAGACGGUGUCACCCAUUUCUUUGAGUUGUGGAGGGAAGCAAUCUUUGUGUGACACGAGAAAGAGCUCUGGCUGACUUUCUGGCUGCGCGCCCCUCUCUUUGUUUUUGUUUGUAUGUCUUUACUUUCAUUUGAAAAGACAGUCCAUUUUUUUGCUUAAGCUUCGGACCCGCUGUCAGUGGGUGUUUUGACUAUGGUGGAGAGUCACAGCCACGUCCAGAGGGAAGGAGUGUACCGCUGGUUCUCGUCCCUCACUUCUGCCCAGAGAGCCGAGUUCCUGUGUGGCCUGCUGGACCUCUGUGUCCCCAUCGAGCUUCGCUUCCUCGGCUCCUGCCUGGAGGACUUGGCCCGUAAGGACUACCAUUCCCUCCGGGAUGCAGAGAUCAAAGCUAACAACCCCACCGAUUUAUCCGGACUCACCAACAUCACGGACGAGGUGGUGCGGAGUAAGCUGCUGGUAUCCCUCGCCCUGCUCGGCUCGGACAACCGAGAGGCUGCGGGGGUCUUGUACCAGACAUUGACACAUAUAGACACGGUGAUCAACAACUACGGCUUGGCCUUAAACGACGGUAGGGCCGAGGAGCAGUUUUUGUUGCUUUUCACUAUGGCAUCAAACCACCCGGCUUUCAGCUUCCACCAGAAACGGGUCCUGAGGCAGCAACUCGGCGAGAUACAGGAUGUCCUGCAGGUGAGCUAUGGAGAAGCCGGCAUUGACGGUAAAGGAGCAGGCCCAUGUGAUGAUCAAAUGGCUCUCUCUUACACUCAGCUGCAUCACCACUAUACCCAGCACAAUGUGUCCUUGCCUGGCCUGGCCACUUUGUCUCCCUCUGGCUGCUCGCUUCCUGAUACAAGUGCGGCCUCCUUGCCGGUGUCUCCUGCUCAUCUCUGUCAUUCACCUUGCACUUGCUGGCACAAGAACCAACCCAGAGAGGCUAGUACAGCCCCUGCACUUGGAUCAGGGGUGAAAAUUGGAAGAGGAGCUCCAGCAGUUAGCCAGGAACCCAUCGCUCCUCACCUCGACCUCGCACCUCCUCCUCCAUCUGCUGGGCAGGGCCACGAUGCUGCGGCAACACCUACUAGCCAUCAGGGGAAAAGAGGAACAGUGGCAGUUGAAAGAGUUGCCUUGCGAGGAGUGACACAUACGUUUGAAGACAAAAGUGAUUAUAUGUUUGAGGCCAGCUGGUCUGAUGGCUUUGUUACAUCAGUUGUGCGAAGUCAACAGGAGGUGAGCGACUUAGUUUCACAGUUGUCUCAGGCAUUUCCUGAUGAGCGAAUGGAGAAGCUCUUGCCUCAGUCCAGUGAGUCGGAUGCCAGAUGUCUGACAAUGUUGCCCAGCCAUGUCCUCCAGCACCACAGCGUCCAAAUCUUCUUCACCUCCACCAGGGCUCUCUCACCAAACUGCCUGUCUCAUCUCUCUUCCUCCUUCCCUAACAUGCCUCCCUCCCCUCCCACAGCUCCUGUCAUUCCAACCUGCCCAUUAACCUCCAACCAUACAAGCUCAGCCGGCUGUAUGGUGCAAUACCGAGGAGCCAGCAGCAGGGCGGUGUACAGAGUGGCCAGUGUCCAACCUGUUGUCAGCACUCACAAUUCUGCCCUGACCCGCUCCACCCCUCACCUCUCAUCUCUCCCUCUCUCACAUCCUUCUCCGCACUACUCUCCCCAGCUGUCCUCCCUCCCUCCCACGGUGACAGCCUUGCCCGCACAGGGCUUCCUCUCCGGCAGAGGCGAUGUUUCCUCCCAGCCGCACCCCCAAAGCAAAGCGUGCCCUUUACUUCACCCACACGCGCAUUUGGAGCCGCAGCAGUCCCCGUUUCACCCACUGCAGCUCCAGAGCCAACCUCAGCAUUCGCCCCAUUCUCAGUCCCUUUCGUAUUCAAUUUCUCAGUCCCGUACUCAGCCCCACGCGCAGUCUCCAUCACAGUCCCAGGCAAACGCGCCGGAGCAAAAUGGCAUCCUGGACUGGCUGCGCAAGCUUCGCCUACAUAAAUAUUAUCCUGUCUUCAAACAGCUGACAAUGGAAGAGUUUCUAGCACUGACAGAAGAUGACUUAAACAAGUACGACUUAACCCAGGGUGCAAAGAAGAAACUCAAGACUCAGCUGGAGUUACAGAAGUCGGCAGACAGGGAGAUGAAGCUGGAGAAGCGGACCUGUGGUGGUAUCGCUCGAGUGAUGCCUUCCAGUCAUAUGGGACCAUCUACUCACACCCCCACUGCAGUAGAGCUAAGAGUGGAGGUGGACAGCGUGCUGCACCAUCAGCCCAUCCACGCAGACAGCAGCUCAUCCUCUGGCUACUCCAGCUCUUCGUGUUCCCCCCGAACGCCCCUCUGCUGUGAUGCCGCUCUGGACAGGAGCGUUUACAGGCUCUGUGUGUCUUUUUCAGGUGUGUCAGGUCCAGAUGCUGUAGGAGGCGGUCAAGAGAAAGAGCGCUCGUGCAUUUUUAUCCUGAACUCCAGCUGCCCGGCAGGCCCCAGCCGGCCCACAGCGCAGGUCCUUCCGGUCCAGACGGAUAUCAGCACUCCUGCCGUUGCAUCCUGCUCCUCCCACCUUCCUUUCACGUUUUCCCACUACCACCCACAAGGCAACUACCCUCAAAGCCUGCUCUCUUCACUCUCAAACCAGGCGCGUAUUCUAUCUUCCCCAGGAAAGCUCAGGCCGCAACCCCUGUGCGCAGAGGACAGAACUAAAAUGGCAGCCUCGGGUCCACCCGGUACCAGCGUGGCUUUCAGUCCUGGGCUGGGUGCGGGCAUGGGCGUGAGGCUGGAGAACCUGCUUCCCAGGCUCAAACUGAAAGUGGACGCCUCCACCGCCCCCCAUGACUCGGGGACUGCCAUGAGUCUGAUGGUUGAGACCAGUUGUGCUCUGACCUCCACCUCAAACAGCCUCCACCAUGUGUCGCAACCUCCUCUCCACUUUCACCUCUCAUCCUCUUCAUCCUCAUCUCCAUCCAUAUACUACUCGUACCCACCCGCCUCCUCCUUGUCCACCUUUGCCACCUCUUGCCCGUCCACAAAGUCCCUCUCACAAUCGGCUAGCUCCAGCGGCGCAAGUGUCUUUGUAUCCAUGGCAACCACAAGUACCGUCCCUAUAGCCGCAGUGCCAGGCAACAUAUACUACCCUCAUGGCCUCUCCUCCGCCUCCUCUUGCGGCACUUCAUUGGAUCCAAGUCAAGGCCACACCCAGUCCAUGUGCGUUUGCAGUUCGUGUGGAUGUCGGGGCAACUGCGGCGCCUACGGCACCCUGUCCACCUACGCCCCUGCGUCCGGCUACCUGCAGCCGUUCUCAGCCAACUCUGUCUUCACUCUGGGCCCUCUUCUCCAUCUCAGCCCCCUCAUGGCCUCGUCUAGCACCACAGGGACCGUUACCGCGGCCUAUUCCUACCCGAUGAUGGCACCAACUCCCCUGUACUGCCAGAGCCCUGGGUCACAUGACCAGCAAAAGGGCUUUAGCUUCUACCAGCCCCAUGGCAUCUUGGGAAACGCGGUCCAGAAGCGAAUAGCGGGGAACCUGUCAUGUUACAACUGUGGCGGCCAUGGGCACAGAGCAGAGGGGUGCAAACAACCACCCAUGGAGUCAUCACAGCAAGGCACUUUUCGACUGAAGUACACUCCCCAUUCUGACAAUAAGGACUCUGGGGACUGAUGAGCCCGCAGUGAAUUUGGAAACACAAAAAUAUUUUUUCCAGCCACAAGUUUGUUCAGCUCAAGCUGGUGUCAAAGCGCCUAGUCGGUCUUUUCAUCUCUGACCGCUAGCAUAGCUGUUGUUGCCUCAGCUCAGAGUAGACAGCAGCUUGUGUGGCAAGAAUCAUCGGUUCCAAAUGCCACUAGGACAAAUGAACAUUAAAAGCUGGAAGUGGCACUACACAGCGGAAGAGGAACCCAUCAAGGUAUUUUGACAGCAUCCAUAAGUGCAGGAAGCCUUUUAGGACUGAUAAUGACAAACACAUUCAUAGACCACAGAACAACUGUAUACAGUAAAUGGCAUGUCUUUUGACUUUGCACUCACGUUAGACCUACUUCCAAAAAUUAGCCCUCCUGUUCUUUGGGCAAGUGAAUGUUUUGUUUCAUUUGUUUUAUUUUAUCCUUAUUGGACUUCUAAACUUUUGGUAGGCUCAAAAGACCUAGAGUUUGUUUUGAAAAUAUAUAUAUAUAUAUUAUUACACAAUACAAUAGUAUUAUCUAUUUCCUAACAUGCAUCUGAAGGGAAGCUACAUUUUGAAAUUCAAUUGUUUAGAGUUGGUCUCAACAGAACAAGACUGUAGCACAGAACACCUUGAUUCCUGUGUAUAAUUAAUACUGCAUUGUAGUGUUUUUUUUUAAGGUUGCCUUUUCACUAUCACAGUGAAACCUGUUUGUAAAGACUUUGCAUCACUUCUUCAUUCGCCAUUCACUCAGGCAAGACCAAUGAGUGCCAGUUUUGUCAUGUCUGCUUUUAAGAGUGUUUAUUGUUGUUGCAGGUGAAAGACACAACAUAAUUGUGUGUCAUUUACACAAGAGAAAGCUCAGGAUUGUGUCGUAAUUAUUGAAACCAAGUUGACUGUUAAGUGUCUGGGCAGGACCUAGACAAAUAUUAAAGUAAGGCCGGCUAGUCCUAUUCACUAUUUGGGCCCCUGGAGGGCGCGACAUGUGUAUGUGCCAUCUUUAUUUAAAAUGAUUAUUACUGAAUGUCUUUUUUUUUAAUGUUAUACGAAUGUGAGUAGGCGGGUGUUUUGUAAAUUGUAGAAAGCAUGCUCAAAUUUCAAGGUCUAUUUUGAUGUCUUUAUUUUGUUGUUGAUGUCUUAAAGCCAGCCUUAAGUGUAACUUUCCAGCACAGCAGCAAGACAAUUUGGUAAAAUCAUUCAAAAUCUUUUCAUGCCAGUAUUUCAAUAACAACAAUAAAACUGAAAACUUUA